AAGAACAUUUCGUGGCACAAUAAAAAUCUGUAGUGGCAUUAUCACCUCCCUUUUCGAACACCCCAUCGAUCAUUCUCUCAUUCGACCACCGCAUCACGGCAUCCCCACUCCACACUUCCAACGUCAUCCUCUCUGCAACUUUCGAUCGUCUCCACCACCGCCAUGAUCCCCCAUCCAAAACCCUAACUCUUUCUCUCUCUCUCUCUCUAUCAAUGGAAGACAAAGACACGGAACUCCUCGCCCGAGCCGCGGCCAACCACCUCUACCUGGCCCAGUUCGAGCCCUUCCGCGCCACCCUCCUCAGCCUCCGCGCCCGCAACCCCGACCUCGCCCGCGCCAUCCUCCAAACCCUAGUCUCCCUCAACGGCCGCCUCGACAACAUCCUCUGGUCCCCCCACUCCUGCCCCUCCCCCUCUCUCCUCGCCUACCUCUCCACCCUAGAACUCCUCCAAUUCAACCACGACGACGCCGUUUCCUCCCCCUGGAGCUUCGACCCCGAGUCGCUACGCCUACGCGUCGAGUUCUCGUUGUACGUUGAAACAAUCACUUCUAAGUUGAAGGAGUUGGGCGGUGGUGGUGAUCCGGGCGAAUCUGAAUCACUGCUUGUUUUGGGUAAAUUAGCGGAGUUAGGGUUUAACCGGUUGAGACCGGAUUCGAUUGGCGUCGAUGAGAGGGAAAACGGGGGCGGGGUAGUGUUGGAGGGGGAUGAGUUGAUGCGGUUGAGGAGUGUUGUGUUGGAAAAUGCCGUGGUGUUUGAUGUGUUGUGUGGGAAUAUACGGAAACAAGUCGAGGGCGGUGAGCGUGGGGAUGACUCGGGUUUAGCUAUUACUUUGAGGAGGGAAGGAGAGCGAUCGGAGGAGGAGAAGGAUGUGAAGUUGCUCAAGUUGGUGCAGAGGAGUGUUCAGAUUGUGCAUUUGGAUGCUAUGAGGGAAUGCCUUGGAAAGGGUGACGAGGAAGGAGCGGUGUCGCAUGUUCGGUUCCUUCACCUAGGUUAUGAAGUCGAAGAGACUGAGUACCGCAUGGUUUUGCAAGAUCUCCUCAAGAGAGUUUUGUCAACGAAGACUGUAUAUGGAGACACCUGGUUGGCCAUGCGAGAUAAACUGUUGUUAAUUUAUGGAGAAGCUCUUUCAUCAAACUGCACAAAUCUUGUUCAAAUGAUUCAGUCUAUUCAUGAUGAUUUUCUCGCAGAAGAGAUUGAGAUGUUCAGAGUGGCAGAUAACAACCAGAUUUCUCCUCCCCUUGAGCAUCUUCAGAGUUUUAUGGCCAACUUGGAGCCCGAGAUAAAUCCAGAUGAAAGAGCUUCAUCAUUGAGAAUGGCAACCUUCUCUUGCAUGAGAGACAUGUACCAUUAUGCUCGUGUUUCUGGAUUGCAUGUACUGGAAUGUGUCAUGGACACUGCCCUGUCUGCUGUCAAGAGGGAGCAGCUUCAAGAGGCUAGCAUUGUUCUUUCAUUGUUUCCACGACUUCAACCUCUGGUAGCUGCCAUGGGUUGGGAUCUGUUGUGUGGCAAAACAACUGCGAGGAGGAAACUAAUGCAACUUCUGUGGACAAGUAAGUCACAAGUUUUACGGCUGGAAGAGUCUUCUCUAUAUGGUAGUCAGGCAGAUGAGGUGUCCUGCAUUGAGCAUCUUUGUGAUUCUUUAUGUUAUCAGCUUGAUCUGGCUUCUUUUGUUGCGUGUGUCAACUCUGGUCGAUCUUGGAGUUCAAAAACAUCAGUAUUGUUGUCUCGAAAAGAACUAGUAGAGUAUGCAAAUGAAGAUGCUCACUUGGAUCCUUUCGUCGAAAAUUUUGUGCUUGAAAGAUUAUCUGUUCAGAGUGCCCUUCGGGUUUUGUUUGACGUAGUUCCAGGCAUAAAGUUUCAAGAUGCAAUUGAACUGAUUAGCAUGCAGCCGAUGGCUUCAACUGUAUCAGCCUGGAAGAGGAUGCAAGACAUUGAACUCAUGCACAUGCGUUAUGCUCUUGAAUUCACUGUUCUUGCACUGGGAGCCAUGGAAAGGAGUAUGAUUGAUGAAACUGGAAGCCAUCACCAAAUGGCUUUAAGCUAUUUGAAAGAUCUGCGUAACCAUCUUGAGGCUGUCAAUAAUAUUCCACGCAAGAUUUUGAUGGUGAACGUUAUUAUCUCGCUCUUACAUAUGGAUGAUCUUUCCGUCAAUCCAACACAUUGUGUUUCACAUGGGAGCCAUUUGUCAUCGUCUACCAUCUAUGGUGGGGAUCAUGCUGACCAUGCAACAUUUGAAGGGGGAAACAAGAUGGUUGUAUCUUUCAUAGGAAUGAUACUUGAUAUUCUGCACCAGAAUCUACCAUCCUCUGUGCCUGAACAGGAGAAUGGGUUGACUGGCAAUAUACCUGCUAGUGGGGUACAAGUGUUAGAUUGGAGAAUCUCAAAUGCUAGGCGUUUUGUUGAAGACUGGGAAUGGCGUUUGUCAAUUUUGCAACGUCUUGUACCAUUAUCUGAACGCCAAUGGAGAUGGAAGGAGACAUUGACUGUAUUACGUGCAGCCCCGUCUAAGUUACUCAAUCUUUGCAUGCAAAGGGCAAAGUAUGACAUUGGAGAAGAGGCUGUUCAUCGAUUUCAGUUGCCUCCAGAAGAUAAGGCAACACUCGAACUAGCUGAAUGGGUAGAUGGUGCCUUCAGAAAAGCAUCUGUGGAGGAUGCAGUGUCCCGUGCUGCUGAUGGUACUUCCGCUGUCCAAGAAUUGGAUUUUUCCUCUUUACGCUCUCAGCUUGGUCCUUUAGCUGCUAUUCUUCUGUGUAUUGAUGUUGCUACAUGUUCGGCAAAGUCUGCAACUAUGUCCCAAAAGCUUCUGGAUCAGGCUCAGGUUAUGCUAUCUGAAAUCUAUCCUGGAGGUUCUCCAAAGAUAGGUUCAACUUAUUGGGAUCAGAUUCAUGAAGUUGGGAUUAUUUCUGUGACAAGGCGUGUCCUCAAGCGUUCGCUUGAAUUACUGGAGCAGGACAAACCUCCAGCUCUUCAGGCCAUUUUAUCUGGGGAUAGCAUAGUUACAUCAUCGAAAGAUUUGCCCCGACAAGGACAUAGGGAACGUGCUCUUUCUAUGCUGCACCAGAUGAUUGAAGAUGCUCACAAGGGGAAGCGGCAGUUUCUAAGUGGUAAGCUUCAUAAUCUUGCAAGAGCUGUUGCUGAUGAAGAGACAGAAAGAGAUUCUACGAAAGGGGAAGGUGCAUAUGCUGAUAGUAAACCUCUAAAUUAUGACAAGGAUGCGGUUCUUGGUCUUGGAUUAAGAGCUAUAAAGCAGGCAUCACCUAAUUCUGCUGUUGGUGAAAAGAUUGGUCAACCUCCUGGUUAUGAUGUAAAAGAUUCUGGAAGGAGAUUGUUCGGGCCAUUGAGUGCCAGGACAACAACAUAUCUUUCACAGUUUAUUCUCCACAUUGCUGCAAUUGGGGACAUAGUUGAUGGGACCGAUACAACUCAUGAUUUUAACUAUUUCUCCCUCGUGUAUGAGUGGCCUAAAGAUCUUUUGACUCGCCUGGUGUUCGAACGAGGAAGCACGGAUGCAGCUGGAAAGGUAGCUGAAAUUAUGUUUGCUGAUUUUGUCCAUGAAGUUAUUUCAGCAUGUGUGCCUCCGGUCUAUCCCCCACGUUCGGGACAUGCCUGGGCCUGCAUUCCAGUGACUCCUACAUCUCCCAGAAGUUUCCCUGAGAGUAAACUUUUCUCCCCUACCUCUAAAGAUGCUAAGCCAAAUUCCUACAGUCGAUCCUCAGCCAUACCUGGAAUCUCUCUGUAUCCUCUCCAGUUGGAUAUAGUGAAGCAUCUUGUUAAACUAUCCCCUGUGAGGGCUGUCUUAGCAUGUGUUUUUGGAAGUGGUAUACUAUAUCAUGGCAGUGAUUCAUCCAUUUGUAGUUCCUUCAAUGAUGGGUUACUGCAAACACCUGAUGAGGACAGGUGGUUCUAUGAAUUUGCUCUUGAUCAAUCUGAGAGGUUCCCGACCUUGAACCGCUGGAUACAAAUGCAAACCAACCUUCAUCGAGUUUCGGAGGUUGCUGUAUCAGCAGAACUUCACACCGAUGAUGGCAUAGUUAAAGCUGAGCCAAAAACUGCCAUUAAGCGAUACCGCGAACUGGAGAGCGAUAAUGAGUCAGAAGUUGAUGAUAUUACUGGUAAUACUAACUUAUCAACAACUUUGCCAGACCUCCACAGUCCAGUGAAUGCAGCUUCUGACCAUUGGCAUGAGUCCCCCAAAUCCGAAGUUCCUGAACUUGAUACGAGGGUUUUUCUUUCUUUUGAUUGGGAGAAUGAGGGCCCUUAUGAAAGAGCAGUUGAGAGAUUAAUCGAUGAAGGAAAGCUGAUGGAUGCUCUUGCUCUUUCUGAUCGCUGUCUGCGUAAUGGAGCAUCAGACUGGUUACUGCAGCUGCUCAUUGAACGUGGGGAGGAAAGUAAUUCAGUCACAGGGCAAUCUCAAGGUUAUGCAGUUCAUAACAUGUGGAGCAAUAGUUGGCAGUAUUGUCUGCGAUUGAAGGAUAAACAGCUGGCUGCAAGACUCGCACUCAAAUAUUUGCAUAGAUGGGAACUGGAUGCUGCUCUUGAUGUCAUAACUAUGUGCAGCUGCCACUUGCCUGAAAGUUACCCAGCUAAGAAUGAGGUUGUUCAAAUGAGACAAGCUCUCUUGAGAUACAAACACAUUCUUUGCGCAGAUGAUCAUUACAGCAGCUGGCAAGAGGUUGAAGCAGAAUGUAAGGAAGAUCCCGAGGGUCUUGCCCUUAGACUAGCUGGAAAAGGAGCUGUUUCUGCUGCUUUGGAAGUGGCUGAAAGUGCAGCAUUAUCGAUAGAGUUGCGGAGAGAACUGCAAGGUCGUCAACUCGUUAAGCUUCUCACUGCGGACCCACUAAAUGGUGGAGGUCCGGCAGAAGCCUCACGUUUUCUUUCUUCCCUGCGUGACUCUGAUGAUGCCCUCCCAGUCGCCAUGGGUGCAAUGCAGCUAUUGCCCAAUCUGCGGUCAAAGCAGCUUCUUGUCCAUUUUUUCUUGAAGAGAAGAGAUGGUAAUUUGUCAGCGCUUGAAGUUGGUCGGCUUAACUCAUGGGCCUUAGGUCUUCGUGUUUUGUCGGCCUUGCCGUUGCCAUGGCAGCAGAGAUGUUCUUCCUUGCAUGAGCAUCCCCAUUUGAUCUUGGAGGUUCUGCUGAUGAGAAAACAGCUGCAAUCUGCUUCGCUGAUUCUUAAAGAAUUUCCUUCCUUGAGAGACAAUAGUGUCACUCUAACUUAUGCUGCCAAAGCUAUUGCUGUGAGUAUCAGCUCUCCUUCCAGAGAGCCUAGAGUAUCAGUCUCAGUUCCGAAAGGAAGGCCGAAGACAAGAACUGGCAUGCCUACAAAGUCAUCUUUUACUAACAGUCUAAGUAACUUGCAAAAAGAGGCUCGCAGAGCUUUUUCUUGGACUCCACGCAAUAAUGGUGAUAAGACUGCUCCAAGGGAGGCUUAUAGGAAAAGAAAGAGCUCUGGUUUAGCACCAUCUGAAAAGGUUACUUGGGAGGCAAUGACUGGAAUUCAAGAGGAUCGUGUUUCAUUGUAUCCUACAGAUGGACAGGAACGAUUUCCUCCUGUUUCAAUUGCUGAGGAAUGGAUGCUUACAGGUGAUCCAAAUAAGGAUGAUGCUGCUCGUAUUUCUCAUCGAUAUGAAAGUGCACCUGACAUUAUUCUCUUUAAGGCACUUCUUUCAUUGUGUUCUGAUGAGUUGACCUCUGGCAAAGGUGCUCUGAGUUUGUGCAUUAAUCAGAUGAGAAAUGUGUUGAGCUCCCAACAGUUGCCUGAAAAUGCAUCUAUGGAAACAAUUGGCCGUGCAUAUCACGCCACAGAAACAUUUGUGCAGGGGCUUAUCUUUUCUAAAUCCCAGUUGAGAAAGGUUGCUGGGGGUAGUGAUUUGUCAAGUAAUUCGGAAAGAGGACGAGAUGCUGAUGAUUCAUCGUCUGAUGCUGGAAGCUCCAGUGUGGGUAGUCAGUCCACUGAUGAGCUGUCUGAAGUUCAGUCACAAGCUGAUAUUUGGCUGGGACGUGCUGAACUGCUGCAGAGCCUCCUGGGAUCCGGAAUUGCUGCUUCCCUUGAUGAUAUUGCUGACCAAGAGUCAUCUGCACAUCUUCGUGAUCGGUUGAUUGUAGAUGAACGGUACAGCAUGGCUGUAUAUACUUGCAGGAAGUGUAAAAUUGAUGUUUUUCCGGUUUGGAAUGCAUGGGGGCAUGCGUUGAUUCGGAUGGAGCACUAUGCACAAGCUCGUGUAAAAUUUAAGCAAGCUCUUCAAUUGCAUAAAGGUGAUCCUGCACCCGUGAUUCUGGAGAUCAUUAAUACGAUAGAAGGAAGUCCACCUGUUGAUGUUUCAGCUGUUCGCUCCAUGUACGAACAUUUAGCUAGAAGUGCACCGGCAAUUCUGGACGAUUCUCUGUCUGCUGAUUCAUAUCUUAAUGUUCUGUACAUGCCUUCUACAUUUCCACGUUCAGAGAGAUCAAGGCGAUCUCAAGAAUCAGAGAGUGAUAAUUUCUUGCAUAGUUUUGAAUUUGAAGAUGGACCUCGAAGCAAUCUGGACAGUGUUAGAUACCUUGAAUGUGUAAACUAUUUACAGGAAUAUGCAUGCCAGAAUUUGCUUGGCUUUAUGUUUAGACAUGGACACUACAAGGAUGCUUGCCUCCUGUUUUUUCCUCCAAAUGCUGUUCCUCCACCUCCUCAACCAUCAUCACUGAGUAUAGUUACUUCUUCAUCUUCUCCUCAAAGACCAGACCCACUAGCAACUGAUUAUGGGACGAUUGAUGAUUUGUGUGACUUGUGCAUUGGGUAUGGUGCCAUGCCUGUGUUGGAAGAAGUACUCUCAACAAGAAUAUCGUCUGCAGCACCACAGGAUGUCAUAUUUAAUCAAUAUACCGCUGCAGCACUUGCCCGCAUUUGUGUCUAUUGCGAAUUGCAUAAGCAUUUCAAUUAUCUAUACCGAUUUCAGGUGAUCAAAAAGGACCACGUGGCUGCUGGUCUAUGUUGUAUUCAGUUGUUCAUGAACUCUUCUUCUCAAGAGGAAGCUAUAAAGCAUUUGGAAAAUGCCAAGAUGCAUUUUGAUGAUGGGUUGUCGGCGCGAUACAAAACAGGAGAUUCUACUAAGCUUGUCACUAAGGGUAUUCGAGGAAAAAGUGCCUCAGGAAAGCUUAGUGAGGAAGGACUGGUUAAGUUUUCUGCUCGGGUGGCAAUCCAGGUGGAUGUUGUCAGGUCCUUCAACGAUGCAGAUGGCCCACCAUGGAAGUAUUCUCUUUUUGGAAAUCCAAAUGACCCUGAAACUUUCAGGAGAAGGUGUAAGAUUGGAGAGACUCUUAUUGAGAAGAAUUUUGACUUGGCAUUCCAAGUGAUCUACGAGUUCAAUCUUCCCGCUGUUGAUAUAUAUGCUGGUGUUGCUGCAUCACUUGCUGAGAGGAAAAGAGGAGGCCAACUAACAGAAUUUUUCAGAAACAUUAAAGGCACAAUUGAUGAUGAUGAUAUGGACCAGGUGUUGGGGGCUGCAAUAAAUGUAUAUGCUAAUAAACACAAAGAACGACCAGACCGCCUUAUAGAUAUGUUAAACAGUAGCCACAGGAGGGUGCUGGCUUGUGUAGUUUGCGGUCGUCUUAAAAGUGCCUUCCAGAUCGCUUCCAGAAGUGGGAGUGUAGCAGAUGUUCAAUAUGUUGCGCAUCAGGCAUUACAUGCAAAUGCACUUCCUGUACUUGAUAUGUGCAAGCAAUGGUUGGCACAGUACAUGUAAAUUUGUUGAAGGUUGUGAUAGCUAAUUUGAGUGGAACUAUGAUACUUCUGCACCAAGUGAGUCUAUGAGCAAAGCAUAUCUUAACCAUUCCAUUUCCAUGGGUAAAAGGAUCAUGCAUGAUCAUUCUCAAACCAGGCCUGAAUCUCGCAAGCUGGUGAUGCUUAAACAAUAUUUUGCAAUUCACUGCCAUGGUGUUGUAACUCUAGUUCAGAAGAGAACCUGUAAAGAAACCAGCUCGACGGACAUACAUGUAUAGUAUUUGAGGAUAUACCCUGCAAGUGUGAGCCCAAAGUUUCCUGAUGGGAGUUGAGGAAUUAGCGUUUAGGUGUAAAGCGAGAUUACAGAUACGACAAGAGAAGCUUCGUUACAUUUCCCCUUGUUCAUACUAUUUUUUUCUCCCCAUGUUAUAUGGAAUUGAAGAGUUAUAGAUGGAGAGCAAAUAUGUAAAUACCACAUGUACAGGAGGGGCAGGCGUGUGUGCGUACACGAGAGUGUUAUGAAAUGGUUGUAUUCUGUGUACCACAGUUGCUUUGUGUUAAAAUGAGGUGGUGGUUUAUUGAUUGUAGGCUACGAGAAUCGUUGGGAUUUUCAGAAAUGCUAUUUUUAUCCUCAGCUAUGAUGAGAAGCAAUGCUUCUUUCGUAUCUGAGUUUUCACUACUUAAAAAUUCUUCAGCCCGCUGUUAAAA